AAGAUCACCAAACCUGGCCCCGCUGGCAAAGAAAGAAUCGAAAAGGAACGAACUGGGAUUCCUCUGGUUUCUUCCUCCUCCCGUCUCCCGCGGCUCCAAAUCCCUAGUGGCGGUGGUGGUGUAGCUGUACCAGCUUCGUUGUCUCCGCCGUCGACCAAGGGAAGAGAUAAGGAUUUCUUACCCCGCGUUCUUGUGCCGCCAGCUGACGCGAGGCGCCGCUGGGGACAGCCCUGUCAGCGGGAUCAUCAUCGCCUUAAGGUAGUUCUGUUGGAGUCCUCAAACAACCGAAAUGGAUUUAUUGGAGAUAUGGGCGAUCUUUGGGCCAGGGGUGUCAGUUCUAUUCAGGUCUCAUUUGUGCACUACCUUCCUGGGAUAUUCGCAUCCAUCGCAGCUCUGAUGUUCAACUGUGUUAGGAAAGAGGACAUAGACUACUCUCCAUAUGAUGAAGGCGAAUGGAGAUUGAAGCUGUGGCUCUUCUUUGCUUAUGUGGUGUCCUUCGUUUCCCUCGCGGCGUCGGUUGGUUUGUUGAUACAAGACUCGAUUGUCAAGGACGGGCCUUCGGUGUGGACUGGAGUUGCAGAAAUCAGUAAAUUCAGCCUGUUAAUAGGUCAGUGUCUUUUCUCUUCAAGUCUUGUGAGGUCUCAGGUGUGCACUGAUUUUGGACAUCCCUCCCUUCGUUCCCUAUUUGACUACCAAACUACCAAA